UUAAGUUAUCUGGCGAAUCUGGCAGCUUUUCAGCACUUUCCGACGUCGGGCUUUCAUCAUCUUAUACACAAAGUCGAUGAUGCAUGGUUUCUCGACAUGUCUUGGGCUCUGCUUUAAGUGAUUACAAUCACCAAGCACUAUCCGAAAACACACACACACGUGUGUGUGUGUUCUACGAUGGACUCGCCGUUGUGGCCAGGGUACUAAUAGACCCUGGGCAGGUGUACAUAAAACCAACCAUUCGCUGCAUCCGUCUUGACCCAUGAAUCCUUCUGACCUUGACUGUGACACUGAAGGGGAGACCAUGGUAUACAUACAGUACUCGCCGCCCCGUCGGGGUCACUGACUUCGGGACGCCGACCCUUUCCGCGCCUCUUCCCUGGACAGCUAAACUUGUUCGCUGUGCAUGCCUGCAGCAACCUGUUCCUGCCAGCCAUGACUCAGUUCCCGUUUCUUCGAGGCAAGACAGGAGACGCUACAGUGGCUGCGCCCAGAGUAUAUCUCUGUAUAUACUCUGGCCGCAACAACCGACACCGGAACCCAGUCGACCAACGAAGUCAUCAACCCCCCUCCGCGAAUCCCCCUACUCGUGGAUGACUGGUAUCUUCAUCCCCGGCAGAGAUGGCGCAAAGGAUACCGCAGUUUCUACAAAAACGUUCCGUACCCGCAAGGAAAAGUCUAGUGUAGUGAAGUAAACACUUACACGGCCCGUGCCUGGACGAGCGACCAACCGGACCAGUGAGGUUAAGCAAUGCUGUGCCCGACGCGAACCUGGACGGGUGACCAUCUUCUAUUGAUUUUUUACUUAUUCAUGUAUAAUGUAUUUAUUUUGUAUAUCUUUUUACUGUUUAUUUAUAUUUGUUUUUCUUUUAUUUUACUUUAGUAUGUAUGUAUCUUUUUGUUUAAUAAUUUGUUUCUAUGUAUUUCGACCCAACAAAAGCAGCAGGCUGGACCGACCAGCAACUUUACUCCUCUUCUGUAUUUCUGUAUUUCUAUGUAUUUUUGUAUCUUGUACUGUACCACCCCUUGUUUGUAUCUUCCCCCUCUUUUCUUAAUAAAUCUAAAAAAAAAAAAAAAAUCUUAAAAAAGUUACCACUCCCAGUCAUGGAGGUCAACAGAACCUGUCCUAGUACAGCGUGCAGAGGCGCAAGCAGCGGGAAGCGGGAAGUUAGUAGCGAGCUGAGGAUUGUUCACACCAGGUGUCUUCCGUCGUCCCACGCAUGAUACAGAUGUGGCAAAGGUCUACGGCAGUGUUGUUGGUGAUGGCAGCGAUGGCAGGCGGUGGAUCAGCGGUUCAUGACAGGAGCGGGUUGGGCGCGGUGCUCCAAGGACCGGGAAACAAGUGGCAAGGCAUCAGGCAGGUGGCCAGCGUGGACUCCAGCAUUCCUAGUCUUGCUGAUCGUCCAUGGGCCAUUGUUCUUCGUAGAGUUGCUGAUCCGCAUUCCACUCAACAGAAGCUUCUGAAGCACUCUAACAUUGUGAGGGAUGUAAAGAUCUUGAUUGACUUAUGCAAGGAGGAAGGAGUAUUUUCAAUGUUCCAUGACUGUAGCUAUUUCUACUACUGUUUUGAAAAUGUGGCAAGUUGCGGGUUGAAGUUUCAGCAGGUUCUUGGAAUGUGUGACGAAGGCUACUAUUUUAACAAUAGCAUGAAAGACUGUGUUCCUGAACCUUGUGACCCUCAGGUACAGAAUGACCCCAUUUAUGGUCCUCCUGCCCCAGUACACCAUGAUGCCAUUCUGCCCCCGGCACCAGCUACCCACCAGAUUCCUCCUACUUGGCUGAAAGAGGAGCCUGAGUGGUACAGCAAGCAGCCAGCCGUGUUCAAGACUGCCCCGUCUUGGUACUACAUCCCGCCUCACUGGUACAACUCCCCACCCACACCUCAUCAUACUGUCACCCACAAAGCCCAAGCAUCACAGGUGGAUCAGGUUAUUAAGAGGCAUGAAUAGUGUUUUUUUGGGGGGAAAUGAGUGCACCUUUCAGGACAACAAUACAGCCAGAGGUAUUAUUAUUGUUCCUCAUAAUACAAUACUACUGUAAGGUAAAUCCUCUUUGUCCUUUUGUAUUUUUCAUAAAAAUGUCAGAUGUG